AUGGGUGUGUUAACGUUGUUGGUUGCAGAAGCCACCCCAGACACGUCUAUUAACGACUGGCAGUGCAAUGCGAAUUCGUAUUCGCAAAACGAUGCUUAUGCCGACAACGUCGAAUACGUUCUUGCAGAUUUGAUGAACGUCACGCCCAACGCAGCCUACGAUUACUACACGCAAUCGCCCUCCAACACCGCCAUCUGCUACGGCCACGCCACCUGCGCCUCCGCCCUCUCCUACAACGACUGCGCCGACUGCCUCUCCGCCGCCAGGGCCUCCGUCAAGGACAUCUGCGCCGCCAAAAUCGGCGGCGCCGUGGACAUGGUGGACUGCACCAUCAGAUAUGAGAAUUACUCUUUCUGA